AGCAUGGAAUUCCCCCCGGCAGAGCUGGGAGUGACACUGACAAGCAAUCGGCCGCGUCCAGAGCAGCAGGCGGCAUCCGGGGGGAGCGGGGCCGGCUGGGGGGCCCCAGGAGGGCUUCCUGGAACCCCAGCUCCAUGGCCGCCUGCACCCUGACACAGGCCAGAUAAGAGUCCCGGCUGCAUUAUCAGAGCCCGGCAGGGCACCGGCCUCCCUGCACCAGAAGGAAGACUGGGGGCGCAGCAGGUCCUCAAGGCGAUCUUCCCAGAGAGCGGGACCCGCGGCUGGUGGCCAGAGUGGAUGGACUUUGCCGAGCCCUAGCUCAAGUCCGGGAGUCCCGGGCCAGAUGGGGGCAGACGCUUGCUGGCGGCAAUAGAAAAAGUGAGGCAGCUGCAAGGAGGGCGGCGGGACUGCACUUGAGUGUCCAGACCUGCUCGAUGGAGGAGAAAUUCACACUUCGGUUCAGGAAAUGGUUUUCAUCACUGUCCCCAAGAAAUCGGCCAACAAGUACACGUGUCCACCAUGAGGUGGAAAACCCAGAAUCAUUUUCAGAUGGCUGUUAACCAGCGGCAGGAUGGCUUCUGCAAGCAAACGCUGUAUUAUUAUUUUUUUUAUUUCAUACCAGGAAAAGGGUUUUAUCUUCAAAACAAUGUAUCCACGUCACUAAUCGGUCUGGAAGAACUUGUUUGGCCAAAUUUAGAACCCACAAUAAGGUCCACCAGAAUUUGCAGGAUAACGUAGCCUUGGAGAGUAAGACCUGGCAUCUAAACCUGUCUUCACCAUUUAGAAGCUGUGUGACUCUAGGAACGUGUUUCACCUCUCUGAGCCUUAGUUUCAUCAUCUUUUAAAGAAGGAUGGAGGUGACCGCCAUGUCAGUGAGGUUGCGGUUCCUGUCCCCUGGGGACACAGGGGCUGUGGGGCUCGUGGGCCGGAGCGCCUCCUUCGCAGGCUUCAGCAGCGCACAGAGCCGGAGGAUUGCAAAGUCCAUCAACAGGAACUCCGUGAGAUCGCGAAUGCCUGCAAAAUCCUCCAAGUUGUACGGCACGCUGCGAAAGGGGUCGGUCUGUGCAGACCCCAAGCCCCAGCAGGUGAAGAAGAUCUUCGAAGCAUUGAAAAGAGGCCUCAAGGAGUAUCUGUGUGUGCAGCAGGCUGAGCUGGACCACCUGUCUGGACGCCACAAGGACACCAGGAGGAAUUCCAGGCUGGCUUUCUAUUACGACCUGGACAAGCAAACGCGCUGUGUGGAAAGGCACAUUCGGAAGAUGGAGUUUCACAUCAGCAAGGUGGACGAGCUGUACGAGGACUACUGCAUCCAGUGCCGCCUGCGCGACGGUGCCUCCAGCAUGCAGAGGGCCUUCGCCAGGUGCCCCCCGAGCCGUGCGGCCCGAGAGAGUCUGCAGGAGCUGGGCCGCAGCCUGCACGAGUGCACCGAGGACAUGUGGCUCAUCGAGGGGGCCCUGGAGGUUCACCUGGGCGAGUUCCACAUCCGGAUGAAAGGCUUGGUGGGCUACGCACGCCUCUGUCCCGGAGACCACUAUGAGGUGCUCAUGCGUCUGGGCCGCCAGCGCUGGAAGCUCAAGGGUCGGAUCGAGUCAGAUGACAGUCAGACCUGGGAUGAAGAGGAGAAGGCCUUCGUUCCCACGCUGCAUGAGAACCUGGACAUCAAGGUGAUGGAGCUUCGGGGCCUGGGCUCGCUGGCUGUGGGCGCAGUGACGUGUGACAUCGCCGACUUCUUCACGACACGACCGCAGGUCAUCGUGGUGGACAUCACAGAGCUGGGUACCAUCAAGUUGCAGCUGGAGGUGCAGUGGAACCCGUUUGAUACUGAGAGCUUCCUGGUGUCACCCAGCCCCAUAGGCAAGUUUUCUGUGGGCAGCAGGAAGGGCUCCUUGUACAACUGGACACCCCCGAGCACCCCCAGCUUCCGGGAGAGAUACUACCUGUCUGUUCUACAGCAGCCAACACAGCAGGCCUUGCUACUCGGUGGCCCAAGAGCCACCUCCAUCCUCAGCUACCUGUCUGACAGCGACCUCCGGGGUCCCAGCCUAAGAAGCCAGAGUCAGGAGCUGCCUGAGAUGGACUCCUUCAGCUCUGAGGACCCCCGUGACACGGAGACCAGCACGUCAGCGUCCACCUCAGAUGCGGGCUUCCUGCCGUUGGCCAUCGGCCCCCACGCCUCCAUUGAAGAGGAGGCCCGGGAGGACCCCCUGUCCCCAGGUCUCCUGCCAGAGAUGGCCCACCUCUCGGGAGGCCCAUUUGCAGAGCAGCCCGGCUGGAGGAACCUAGGAGUGGAGAGCCCCAGCCUGCCACAGGGCUCCCUGUUCCACAAUGGCACAGCCCCAAGUAGCCAGAAAGGCCAUGAGGAAGGGGCAACCGGGGACAGAGAGGAGGGACCUGGCGUGGCCCUUGAGGGGCCUCUGCAGGAGGUCCUGGAGUUGCUGAGGCCCACGGACUCCACCCAGCCCCAGCUCCGGGAGCUGGAGUACCAGGUCCUAGGUUUCCGGGACCGGCUGAAGCCCUGCAGAGCACGGCAGGAGCAUGCCUCGGCCGAGAGCCUGAUGGAGUGCAUCCUGGAGAGCUUCGCCUUCCUCAAUGCCGACUUCGCCCCAGAUGAGCUAUCCCUGUUUGGGGGCUCCCAGAGUCCCCGAAAGGACCGGCCCCUGCCCCCACCAUCAUCACUGAAAACGUCAUCCAGGGAACUCACAGCCGGUGCCCCGGAGCUGGACGUGCUGCUGAUGGUACACCUCCAAGUCUGCAAAGCUCUGCUGCAGAAACUGGCCUCCCCUAAUUUAUCAAGGCUGGUCCAGGAAUGCCUGCUGGAAGAAGUGGCACAGCAAAAGCAUGUUCUGGAGACACUUUCUGUCCUUGACUUUGAGAAGGUCGGCAAGGCAAUAUCCAUCGAAGAGAUCAUCCCACAGGCCUCGCGGAGGAAGGGGUGCCUGAAGCUGUGGAGAGGGUGCACAGGGCCUGGCAGAGUCCUGUCCUGCCCUGCCACGAAGCUGCUGAACCAGCUCAAGAAAGCCUUCCUGCACAGAGUCAGAGGGAAAUACCCGGGACAGCUGGAAAUAGUGUGCCGCAGGCUCCUGGAGCAGGUGGUCAGCUGUGGUGGGCUGCUCCCCGGAGCUGGGCUCCCCGAAGAACAGACCAUCACCUGGUUCCAGUUUCACGGCUACCUGCAGAAGCAGAGUGUCUCCGACCUGGAGAAGCACUUCACCCAGCUCACCAAGGAAGUGACACUCAUCGAGGAGCUUCACUGCGCAGGGCAGGCCAAGGCGGUCCGGAAGCUGCAGGGGAAGCGGCUGGCCCAGCUCCAGCCCCUGCCCCAGACUUUAAGAGCCUGGGCACUGCUCCAGCUGGACGGCACUCCGAGGGUGUCCAGGGUGGCCAGCGCUCGCCUGGCGGGUGCAGUCAGGAACAGAAGCUUCCGGGAAAAGGCUGUGCUCUUCUACACCAACGCCCUGGCAGAGAACGAUGCAAGGCUCCAGCAGGCCGCGUGCCUGGCGCUCAGACAGCUCAAGGGCAUUGAAAGCAUCGACCAGAUUGCCAGCCUGUGCCAGUCUGACCUGGAGGCCGUGCGGGCAGCAGCCCGGGAAACCACACUCUCGUUCGGUGAAAAAGGACGGUUAGCUUUUGAGAAGAUGGACAAGCUCUGCUCAGAACAAAGAGAAGUCUUUUGCCAGGAGGCAGAUGUUGAAAUCACAAUAUUUUAAAAAAUCCUGGUGGUUGAGCACAAAUCUCACAUCGGUUUUUUGCCGCUGCCCGGCUUGGACGUAGCCUGCGCGCUGGGUAAUGGUGCUGUGCACUCCUCCAGGAGUGUGAGCUGUCCAGAGCGCUGCCUGAGGCUCCGGCCACUGACCCAGCCCCAGGGCAUGGGCUGGUCUUUUGUACAGAAGCAGAAAAAAGCAAGGCAGGGGCUGCCAGGCCUCAGUGGAGUGCUCGACUUCUGGCUGCGGGUCUGUGUGACCUUCCCAGAGAUGCAGAGCUGAGCUGCACUAGGUGGCCACCUACAAAAGGGCCAAGGCCAGGCAAGUCGAGGCCCUAAAUAAAAGGCUCCAAGACAAGUGUGUAGAACUCCAGGCCUCCCUGCCGGUCAGCUGCUUGGCACUUCUGGGUCAACAGGCGCUGGGAUGCAGCAGGCUGGCAGGUGGCUGGCCCUGUUAAUGCAAGACUGCUCAGGUCAUUUCAGCAGCAGCCAGGUGUCACCUUGGUGAGCUGGGGAAGGCGGGAAGGCACAAAGCCAGGGUUUCUACAUGCACACUCUCAGCCUGACCUGCAGCCAGAGUGCCGGUGGAACUCCCAGACAGCGGCUGGUGGACUGAGAACCUCAUUUUCCCCCUGUUCAGCAGCACAAACGGAAGAAGCCACCACAUCAGCCCAGGAGCCCUGAGUAGCACAGGCAGCAGGGCCACUCACUUUGGCCAUCCGCACCCAAAUGCCAUCAAGCCAGCUUCGGAAGCUACCCUAGGGUCUCGUCAAUAAACCGCUGCAGAAGCCAUCAACUGGCCUGAAGAAAGAGUUCACUGAAGAACACACUGUUUUAAAGCUACAGAAGCCAUCAACUGGCCUGAAGAAAGAGUUCACUGAAGAACACACUGUUUUAAAGAAAGAAAAUUAGUUUCCUAUUUAAGUCUUAAAAAAAGCAAACCAUGUCCUGAGAUGUCUGUGUUAAUAGUGCAGACAGAACCUAGGGUUUGAGGUUGCUGUAGCAAUGGCAUUGGAGAACUUUAACUUGAACAUUCUCAUCGAUACUUCCUGUACAUAUUUUGUGCUUUUUGGUUUAACUUAGUAUUUAUUUGCCUUGUUCAUACGUUCCAUUUUCUGAAAUUUCAAUUAAACUAUUUUAAUUGGUGUUUCACUUUUUACCCAAAAGAGUAGACAGCGGUUGUUUCCCCAAACACCUGCCAGUGGGGAGGUCACUCCUGUGGUCUUGUGGUGCGCUGUGGGGACACUUAAAGGAGGGCGGCCUCAGGCAGCGGCUCUGGUAAACGCUGUCUCCAGGCUUCUCUGCAUGCUCUCCCCUAUAUGGGCACUCUGUGGCACGGCCUUUGCCCUUUUGCCCCAUCUGAUUUCUGGCAAACCCCCUCCUCUUUUUUUAAGCAUCAGCAGUACCCACUUAGAGCAGGGGUCCUCAACCCCCAGGCCACGGACCGGUACCGGUCUGAGGCCUGUUAGGAACUGGGCUGCAUGGCAGGAGGUGAGUGGCCGGCGAGCAAGCAUUACUGCCUGAGCUCCACCUCCUGUUAGAUCAGCUGCAGCAUCAGGUUCUCACAGGAGCGCGAACCCUAUUGUGAACUGCAUGUGUUAUUGUGAACUGCCUGUGCGAGAGAUCAGCUUGCAAGCUCCUUAUGAUAAUCUGAUGCCUGAUGAUCUGAGGUGGAAGUUUCUAUCCCAAAACCAUCCCUCACCACCCCCAGGCCUGUGGAAAAAUUGUCUUCCAUGGAACCGGUCCCUGGUGCCCAAAAGGUUGGGGACCAUUGCCCUAGAGCGUUCUCUUCUUGAAAGCUUAGAGGCCCUUUUUUGUACCUGAAACAGUGGGAGCAACACUGACAUCUGCAGCCCUAGGCCCCUGCGGGUCCACAUGGCCACAGCCUGUCCUUUUCCCAGUCUCAGGAGCCUGGGCCUGCAGCCAGCUUUGAAACAGUCGAAGAACCUUGGAGGGUACCGGGGAACUCUUUGUACUAUUUUGGCAACAUUCUGCAAGUCCAAAAUUACUUCAAAACGAAAAGUCAAAAAAAUCACUUUGGGGGGAAUUUUUACAUUGUUUAAUUUUGUACACAAAUGAAAAACUGUACUAAUUUUUUAUCUUAUUUUUAAGUCAACUCUAUAUCAAAUGGACUUUACGUACUGAGAUGCGGUAACCAUUGUGUCUUACAGGUAAUUGGGUAAGGGACGUGGUUUUGAGAUUACAACUCAAAACACUGUUCUUCAAACAACACUGAUAAGUUUAAGUUAUCCAAGGGCCCUCUACAUGGAAAGCGUGGGUUUGGGAAGGAAGUGGGCUGAGGCCUAAGGUGUUCAAUAAGCUCACCCUCAAGGAAAGCGCUCCAGCCUGAGGGCGCUGGCAACGCGGGGAUGCUGAGGUUAAUUCUUAGAAGUGGAAAACUCUAACCCCAGCUGAUUGACAACAUCUGUUUCACAUCAGCAGCGAUGGAAAGAAACAGGAGUUGCUCAUCCUGGUUUAGCUCAAUUAAGCAAAGAAAAAAAAUGGGAAGCACCCCAAAUUCACGUUCUUUAGAAAAAAAAACUUUAUUGUUGCAGCUAAAACGCAAACCCAUCAUGAAUAUGGCAAGUUGGAAAACUGUACAGUCUGACAGUUCUGUGAGGUCACAGAAGACCCUGAGACACGCCCCCCCACCCACCCGGUCAUGCAGCCACGUAUCCACACACACCUGAAAAGGUAUUAUACCAAAACACCUUGCUUUUUUUGUUUGUUUUUAUUUUUGUAAAAAUGGUUUAUUCCAUGGCCAUUGUAAAAAAUAAUGACCUGAUGAGUAAAUAUUGGCUUAAGGCAUAUAGCAGAGCAGCUCGCUACCUCUCUAACAUACGUGUAACAAGGUGGAGAGCCAGCUGCUCUCCGAGGAUAGGAGGUUAAACCAGUACGUCCAUUUUGAAAUGCUACUAUAUAUACACACCCAAACUACUACAUACAUAUACAGGACUUAAAAACAACAAGCCCAGCUCAGAAUGCUUACAGCCUGGCACCUAAGCCUUAUCCACACCUCACCACAGCUCUAUGGGGUGAUGCCUCGAAUGUUCCCACGACAGAAUUUCUCUGUACUGGCUUCUACCACGAGAAAGGCAAAAUGUGAAAAUGCUGGCAAGAGAGUAGCUCGGGAGCUACAGCUGCCGUGUUUUUCUUGUUAAAAAGCCACUUAAUGUGGAGGUCUUCAGUUCCCUUUGCAGGAAGAGUCGUGAGCACCAUCAGGCCCCACAGGGUUCGAGGGUGGGGCAGACGCGCCUCUCUCGGCAAGGUGAACCCGGACGGAGACGGCGGCAGGCUGCCUAAAGGACCGUCACCCAGGCUGUUUCAAGAAGUGUGGUUUCCAGCAGUUGCCUCUCUUCCAAAUCACAGUCUGCUCAAGAAGAGUGCUGACUUGGAAUGGCGGAGGCUGAUCCCAAAGGUGGGGGGCGGGGGGUGUCCCUGCUUGCCUAAAUCAUGUCCAGAGCGUGAGGUGUGAAUAUGGCUUCCCAUACCCUUGGAAUGUCUGAGUUACAGCGAGACCCUGCUGCACCAGGACAGGCCGGGUCUCACCAGGAAGUCACUAGAGUGUCAGGCCAGGAAUGAGGCAAAUGCCUAUUCCUGGAAAACUGCACCCUAUUGCUGAGUGACAACGACUUCAGCAACAGGCUUAGGAACCACAGCCAUGUAAUGAUCAGGUCAUGCACAGGCAGGUUGGACUUGGACAUGGGGCACAUUAGUAAGCAGAGAUCAAAGUUUCUCAUUUCAAGCACAUAUUUUUCAUCAGGACACAAGAAGACCUUACAUGCAUUCUAGUACACACGGGGGAGCAGUGAUUGAGAACUAGAUCUAGCAGAUAACAGGGAGGAGAAUAAGCGGGACAAAGUAAUCUCACAUCAUGUUUCUUAUUAAAUACCCACGUGUUCAUUAUAUAUUAUAGCAUUGUUCUAUCUUCUCACGUUACCCACAAUAUCACUAAAUAACGACUGCCUUACAACCGUCCUCCUUCCCAGUACUGGUCUGACGCAGCAGGCCCAUGGCAAAGUCUUCCAUUCCCAGUACUACCUGAGGAUUUAUUAUUGUACUUUUUGAUAAAGCCCUUGAUGCAAGGCUGACA